AUGGCGAGCCUUGCUUCGGAAAUUGACCAGAAGAUUCAAGAGACGAAGACCAAGAUCCAGUUGGAGCGCAAGCUGCUCGAUGGAACGCGGGCUAUGAAGAAUGCCACGACCAAUCAGGAUGUUUUACGACGAUUAGAUGCCAAAAUUCGCGAUAGCGAGGCCAGUCUUAUUUAUUUCGAAGAAACACUUCAAAGCCUACACGCCAAGAAACGCGGCCCCGAUUCCGCAGACGCGCGAGGACCUGGUGCUGGCGGAUCACCUUCAACCCCCCGUGGAUGGGGUGGUGAACAGAAUAGAUCCCUGCCACUGCCUCCUGACGAUGGCGCGCCCAUCGAGGCCGCACCCAAGAGGAAUUACACCAAUCUUGAUUUACUCAAGGCCGACACGCCUCACACCAAUGCUAGGAUUACGAAAAUGAUCCAUCUUCUUGAAACCAAGCUUCGGACCGAACAGCAGUACAAACGCGGAACGGAGAAGAUGAUUCAGCUCUACACUGCAGAGGGCGAUAAGAAGAGCCGCGUUGAGGCCGAGGGCAAGCGAUUUGAAAGCGAGAACAAGAUCCAGCUCCUUCAGCAAGCUCUAAAACGUUAUAAAUCUUUGUAUAUCAUGGACGAUGAAGAGGAUGGAGAAUUUGAAGAAACCCAUGUCGGGAAGCUCAUGAUAUCUCUAACUGGGGCAAAGCAUCUUGAGCAUCCUACUCUUCAAGCUGGCGCCCGUCGCGCUUCGAAAAACCCUGCCUAUGAAACCACAGUUGUCAUCAGGAUCGAAGGAACCCCACGUGCCCAAUCUCAUCCUUCCCGUACGGAUAGGUGGAACGAAGAUUUCACGAUCGACGUAGACAAGGCGAACGAGAUCGAAAUCGCCUUGUAUGAUAAAGCCGUUGGGAGUGCUGCAACACAGCCUUCUACCCCAAUUGGACUCUUAUGGAUGAGAAUUAGUGAUAUUGCCGAGGCCCAACGAAGACAAAAGGUUGACAUGGAGGUUGGGCAAGGGGGUUGGGUCACGGCCGGCGCCAUGGGCGGUGGUUCUGUGGGUCAAGGAAGGGCAGUGCAGGCGCUGGGGGCUCCGAUAGGAGGAGGAGCUCCUUCUCAAGAAGGUAUCUCUGGAGUUUUCACGGUUGAGCCAGAAGGCGCAAUCGCCAUGACAGUUAGUUUUGUCAAGGAGAACGUCAGGAAGAGGCCUUUCGAUGGUGCCCCCGGAGGUCUUGGCCGUCAGGGUGCCGUUCGUAUGCGCAAGGGCGAAGUGCAUGAGAUGAACGGGCAUCAGUUUGUCCAAAGACAAUUCUACCAGCUCAUGCAAUGCGCAUACUGCAGCGAGUUCUUCGUCAACGCAGGAUACCAAUGCGAAGAUUGUCGUUACUGUUGCCACAAGAAGUGUUAUCCAAAGGUCGUCACUAAGUGUAUUAGCAAGAGUAAUGUAGACGAUGAUCCCGACGAUGCCAAGAUUAACCACCGAAUACCUCAUCGGUUCGAAACUAUGACGAAUCUGAGCACAAACUGGUGCUGCCACUGUGGAUACAUGCUGCCGCUUGGUCGGAAGAACUUCAAGAAAUGUACAGAAUGCGAUCUUACAUGCCAUGCUGCAUGCGCUCACCUCGUCCCGUACUUCUGUGGUAUGACCAUGGCGAAUGCCAGCGCUCUCAUCAACAGUAUGCGAGAUAUCCGUUCCCACCAACAGCAUCGUCCGCGCCCUCCAACGCAUCAGACUCAACCCUCAUUCUCUCAUCAACCUUCCGGGUCUCAAUCUGGCAUCACAUACGAACCAGAAAAACAGCCCACAAGUCCUACAACCCAAAUCGAGCAAGGCAUGAGUGGGAUGAACCUUGGCCGACCGCAAGAUGAUUAUGGCCCAGGACCUGCUCAACCACCGAAGUCUUCGCCGUACCCACCUAGCAAUCAACCGCUUUAUGGUUCCGGCGUCGCUCAAGUACCUUUACCAGGACCUCCUGGCCCGGCAAAGAGGACGAGCGGACCUGGGUACGACCCCUACGGCACCCCACCAAAUGUGCAUGCGCAACCCGCCCAGCGCCCAAACAACCUUCCUCCUCCUGCUCAGGCUCAACAACAGCGUCCUGAUCCUUACGCCACCCAACAAUAUCAGCAGCCACCCCCUCAGCACAACGCCCCUCCCCAACAACAAGUUGCGCCCCCCAAGAAACGUUCAAUCGGUUUGAACGAUUUCAACUUCCUGGCUGUCUUGGGUAAAGGCAACUUUGGAAAAGUCAUGCUUGCUGAGGAGAAGAAGACCAAUUCGCUCUAUGCCAUCAAGGUGCUGAAAAAGGAGUUUGUUAUUGACCAUGACGAAGUAGAGAGUACUCGUUCCGAGAAGCGGGUCUUCCUUGCGGCCGCUCGUGAACGCCAUCCCUUCCUUCUUGGAUUGCACUCGUGCUUCCAAACAGAAACUCGUAUUUACUUCGUCAUGGAGUAUGUCUCAGGAGGAGACUUGAUGUUGCAUAUUCAACGCAAACAGUUCUCUCUGCGCCAGGCCAAGUUCUACGCCUGCGAGGUUUUGCUAGCGCUAGAAUAUUUCCAUUCGCAAGGAAUCAUCUACCGAGAUUUGAAGUUGGACAACAUUCUGUUGACCCUCGACGGACAUGUCAAGGUUGCUGACUAUGGUCUUUGCAAAGAGAAUAUGGAAUAUGGACAGACGACAAGCACGUUCUGUGGCACACCAGAAUUCAUGGCCCCCGAGAUCUUACUCGAACAACGCUAUGGCCGUGCGGUCGACUGGUGGGCAUUCGGAGUAUUGACUUACGAAAUGUUGCUCGGUCAAUCGCCUUUCCGUGGUGAUGAUGAGGAUGAAAUUUUCGACGCUAUUCUAGAGGAUGAGCCUCUCUACCCUAUUACCAUGCCACGCGAUGCGGUUUCUAUCUUGCAAAGGUUAUUAACGCGUGAUCCAAGCAAGCGACUUGGUUCCGGUCCCACCGAUGCUGAGGAGAUCAAGGCUCACCCGUUCUUCAAUACAGUGAACUUUGAUGACGUCCUAAAUAAGCGAAUUCCGCCCCCAUAUUACCCCACUAUUUCAUCUGCUCACGAUACGAGCAACUUCGACACGGAAUUCACAAGGGAGCAGCCGACUCUUACCCCAGUGCACGGGCAACUGUCGGCCGCAGAUCAGGCUCAAUUCCAAGGAUUCUCAUGGCAAGUCGAAUACUACAUCCGUGUUGGCCAUAAACUAACCACAUUGCACAAAUAG